AUGAAAAAUAAUAAAAUCUUUUUUUUUAUUUUUAUUUCUUCAUUUUUUUCAUGCUUAUUUCUUCAUCAUCCGCAUCUUCAUAAUCCAUUCUCACACUUGUCUAUUCUUAUUUUAUUACUUUCAUUAUUUCUCGAAUUUAAAAAAUUUUAUAAAAUUUAUUAAUAGAAUUAUUUAUCUUCGACUCACUAAUAUUCCUAAUAAGUAAUAAAUCUCUUACCUAUUUCUACAUCUUCAUACUCUUCAUUUCAUCCUCACAUCUCAUCAUUUCUCGAUUCUUAUUUUAUUACUUUAAUUAUUUCUCGAAUUUAAAAAUUUUUAGAAAAUUUAUUAAUAAAAUUAUUUAUCUUCCUCUCAUUUAUAUUCCUAAAAUCAUAAUAAAUUCUAACUUAUUCUUCACUCUUAAUUCUCAUCAUUCAAUAACAACACAUCUCUUUUCUUAUCUUAAAUAUUUAAUUAUUUCUCGAAUUUAAAAAAUUUUAUAAAAUUUAUUAAUAGAAUUAUUUAUCUUCGACUCACUAAUAUUCAUAAUAAGUAAUAAAUCUCUUACCUAUUUCUACAUCUUCAUACUCUUCAUUUCAUCCUCACAUCUCAUCAUUUCUCGAUUCUUAUUUUAUUACUUUAAUUAUUUCUCGAAUUUAAAAAUUUUUAGAAAAUUUAUUAAUAAAAUUAUUUAUCUUCCUCUCAUUUAUAUUCCUAAAAUCAUAAUAAAUUCUAACUUAUUCUUCACUCUUAAUUCUCAUCAUCUUCAUCAUCUAAUACAUCACUCCCUUAUUUCUAUUUUUAAAAAAUUUAGAUUCCUAAACACUAUGAUAUAUAAUUAUUUUUAUUCUUCUCACAAC